AUGGCGGCCACGAGGAUUUUAGCCCCUCUUCUUCUGUUACUAUGUCUCCAUUUAGAAAAACCUAUAAUCCAAGAAAAUUUGCCUAGCUUCUUGCUAAGCGUUCGAAAGGCCUGUUGUGGGGAUUCUGGAGUUAGAGAUGACGCGGUGUUUCGGCAUGGUCCUUGUUCAUGUGUAAGAUUCGUAACCCGGCGCUCGCGACAUGCCCGUCUUCGGUAUUCUGUAUUGGUAUGGCACAAACAUGGCUUGUUAACCAUCGCUUCAAGUGAACAGGAUAUCUGUCUGGACAUAUGCAUUUGUAUGGACGUGGAGUCGAAUCCAGGGCCAGACAACCGCUUCGAGUGUGAGAGUCAUACGACUCGACUUAUUACGUAUACGAAACAAGACCUUCUGAGACUCCGCAAAUUUCCAGCAAGCCGAUUGAAACCUAUGCCUGCUGUGGUUCAGAAACUGAAGAUGUUUAAUCUUUAUCGGUAUAGAGGCUGUCGGGGAGGCAGCUGGCGACGUGAACUGGGAGUGGAAGUGGGUAAGGUAUCUUCUGGUGAGAGCCGUGAUGAGAAAUCUAUUCCGGUUAUUUUUAGUAUUCGAGGAGAUGUGAGCUCAUCUAUCAGGGCCAGGGAUAUGAAGAACCUUGUCCCAAUUCCUAAACGGAAGCAGAACCCCGUCUCGCGAACUGUUUCUGAAUUUGCUGUACCAAAGUUUCUAUUUACAAAUAUAUGCAGUCUGGCCAAAACCAAGAACAGAGUUCGAGCGGCAGUGGCGCUGGAAGCCAAUUUGAAUAAUAAGGACAUUGAUGUCUGUAUUGUAUCAGAGACGCAUUUAAAACCAGAAAUGCCGGAUGCUAUCGUCAACAUUCCUGGCUAUUAUAUUUUCAGACGGGAUAGAAACUGGUCGGGACUGGAUAAAAGAAGUAAGGGAGGGAUUGUUAUCUACGCGAGGAGUAACUUAAACAUCAUCGAUGUUUACAGAUCAAAGCUUUACGAGCUGCUGUAUGUGAUUUUUAAAUUACCCUCGGGACAUUUGUUAUUAACGUGUGGUAUUUGUCACCCGCCUAAACCUACAUACUAACCGGCGGAUUUUUUGCAAUACUUAACCCACUUAAUGGACAAUGCACUAGAUCAACAUCCUGGUUUGACUAUGGUUGCUGGAGGCGAUGUUAAUCGGCUUGACACUAAUGAGCUUAUUGUAAUGACAGGAUGGGACUCUUGUAGAUUUUCCAACAAGAGGCGACGCGUAUUUAGACAAGGUCUUCACAAACCGGCCGAAUUUAUUUGCAAAGAGCAUUCCAUACUUUGUGUCCAUAAAAACAGAUCACACAGCAGUCAUCUUAUCAGCAGGAACGAAAUUAAAGCCGAUCAGACAAAACGUUCGCAUUAGGGAUUGUAGAAGACACCGUAAGGAGGGAUUGUACCUAAAACUAGUAAGUGAGAAUUGGGAAAGUGUCUUAAACUUAAAUGAUGAAAUUAAACACCACAUGGAUGUGUGUAUGCCGUUGCGGUCAGUACGCAUGUCAUCGCGUGAUCCGGUGUGGAUGACACCCUUAGUAAAAUCGUUAAUGAGGGUAAAGUCAAGAAUAGCUCCAAGCAAUAAAGAUCGGCUGGCUGAGGUUAACAGGAAAAUAAGCGUAUUGAUUAGUAAAAACAGAAGAACACUCGCAAAGGCACCUGUCGGAUCCAGAGGCGGAAAACUUGUCCCAACAACGCAGCAAUUCUGCUAA